AUGUCGCUUUGCGAGAUUUGUGCCAAACUCGACAUUGAGCAACUAGACGCCACAGAUGUUCGUUUUCACCCCAGCCUCAAGGCCCUCCAGCGAAGCGCCGCUGCGCAAUGCCCCUUUUGCACUCUUUGCUACACGCGCGUCAUGGAAGACACCCAUCACAGCAUCACCGACGCCCUUCUCAGUAAUCAAAUACCGCCAGGCUACAAAAAAGAAUCCUUUUUCUCCAGCGUUUGGCUACAUGGAGAGGUGAGGCUAGGCAACCGCAGCACUAGCAAAGACCUUCCCGGAUGUGCAAUAUGGAUCUCCUGUGGAAGAAUGUAUCCGGACGGUGGUCAGGGAGAAACUAAUAGCCCUGGCAUGCCAUUUGCCUCCCGUCUGGCUCUUUUUGCAAGCCACACAACGCCGGCAGCGUCCAAGUACAUUGAACGGUUUAUAACUGCGGACCACGACCCUAAUCUCUACAUGGAACUGGCGGGUUGGCGCUUGAAAAAGUGCAGAACCUCUCACAAGCUCUGCAAACCGAGGUCCUUGGAGAUGCCGACUCGUGUCAUUGCGGUGGGCAAAGAUGUCGAAAAACCGAGACUGAAAGUCACGAAUGGCCUCAGAGAGCCGUACAUUGCCCUGUCCUAUUGCUGGGGUCCCGGCAAAGAUACCUUCACUUUGACGCACAAGACCAAAGAUGAGCUCUUGGAUGGCGUCAUGGAAGGAAAGCUAACCAAGACUCAUCAAGAGUCUAUUCGCUUCGCGCGCUCUCUAGGCGUUGAAUACCUCUGGAUCGAUGCGCUUUGCAUCAUACAGGGCGAUGCCGAUGACUGGGCCUUCGAAUCGCAACGCAUGGCACACGUCUACGGCAACGCGGCUUUGACCAUAAUUGCCGGUCGCUCGGAUGAUGCCCGUCACGGUUUCCUCACGAACCGACUAAGUCAAAAUGUCCCUCCUUGUGCCUUGCCGCUCGGCCCAAACACGAAAGAUACCGUCGGCAUCUGCCUCCCGAGGUCUACUGUUAUCGGACCCGUGUCCACCCGUGGAUGGUGUUUCCAGGAAGAAAAGCUCUCAACCCGGGCCAUCAUAUUUGGUAAGGAGCAGAUGAUCUACCAAUGCCGCGAGGAAAAGAAUUGGGAAGAUGGCCAAGUCGAUUUCCAAGACCUCGAGCCCACCUUCCUUACUCCCGGCUUCUCUACCGGCGCUCCACACUCGGCAGCCGAUAAAGAGACAACCCUCAAGAUGUGGUACGAAUACGUCGAUAUGUUUACAAUGAGAGCUCUGUCGAAUCCGCAUGAUAUCUUUGCAGCCAUCGCCUCGAUCGCGAAGCUUGCGCAAGACGUGCUGAAAUCUCGCUACCUCGCGGGCAUAUGGGAGGAAGAUCUAGUCAGAGGCCUGUUGUGGAAACCACGCAACCAGGUGCAUGCGUUUUUCAACGACUCGGUCACGCGUCCGAAACCAACUCCCUUUGCCCCAGCGCCGGUGAUCCGCGCGCCAUCGUGGUCCUGGGCGUCUGUCGAAGGGCCUCUCCGUCGUGUCUACAAUCCGAGAAAAUCAAAACUGUUCCAGGACAGCAAUUAUGUCAAGAUAAAGCCUAAGCUGGGCACAAGAUGGACGACCGCAGGAGACUGCGACGUCACUGCCCUCCACAUGCCGUCUUGUACAUUACAAAUCCUGGGGCGCCCGGCAAAGGCAACUUUGAUCAAGACGGGCGUUGUCGAUUGGUUCGAGGCGGACACGUCAAGAAAGCGAUGGCUUCCUUACAAGAGAAUGUUAAAUCACGCAGUCUUACUCGUCUCGACUGGGUUAAAGCCAAAUUCAUCUGACAGUGAAGAAAGGGUUGUAGCCGCGGGAGCCUUUGAUGUGCCCGAGGAAGCAUCACAUUUCGAAGACGUCUGGGGCCUCCCGCUGAUCGAUAAAGAGGGUUUGAUGAUUGUUCCGCACGAGGGUAAAUGGAAACGUGUUGGAUGGUUUGUCUUGAGGAAUGAGUCUUGGCUUCAGGACAGGCCAGAGAUUGAACUCGAUCUCAUCUAA